AUGGGUGCUCAACAUUCAGCAAUCAAUAAAGAACACUUGGAUCAUAUGAAAGAGAUCUCAAAUUUCACAGAACCAGAGUUAAAAAGAUUAUAUAGAAGAUUUCAAAUGUUAGAUAAAGAUGGUUCUGGUACUCUGACGACUGAUGAGUUCCUCUCCAUUCCAGACUUGGCAUUGAAUCCACUUUUAGAACGUGUACUCACUAUAUUUGAUCUCAACAAGGAUAAUGAAAUCGAAUUCUCUGAAUUUGUUCAGACUCUAUCUACAUUGUCUGACAAAGGUUCAAAGCAAGAUAAAUUAAAAUUUUUAUUCCAAGUGUAUGAUAUGGAUAAUGAUGGAUUCAUUGGUAAUGGUGAAUUGUUCCAAGUAUUGAAGAUGAUGGUUGGUACCAACUUGAAUGAUAUUCAAUUACAACAGAUCGUUGAUAAGACUAUCAUUGAAGGUGACCUUGAUAAAGAUGGAAAGAUUUCAUUCGAAGAAUUCCUUUUGAUGAUUGGAAACAACGAAGGAAUUGAAGAGAAAUUAAGUGUAAAUUGGUCUGAAUAA